AUGCAUGUUAGAGGUUUUCUACCCAAUUUCUUAACCGUUCACCAAGUGGUUUCUGAGAAUCCUAUCGAAUUUAAGCCCUCUGACAAAGUAAAGAAUGAGAAUAAAGGUAUCACUAUCCCAGAGUUGAUUAAGAGGGAAGCCCCCGAGUUAGCUGAUGGUGCUACUGACACUCUAUACGGUUUGCUGGUGAACGGCCAUUUACAAACUGCAUAUGGCUCUGUUAGGCGCUUUGAAAAGAUAGAUAAAGUCGAAUAUAAAAGAAUGGUAAUCAAAUACCCACAUGGGGGGGAAGGGACUGUAGAUUUUGCUGUAAAGAAUACGAGCAUCAAAAAAACGAAAAAAAAAGAGAAGGAAUACAUGCCGGCGAACCAGCCGAUGUUUGAUAUGAACUUGAAACUAAAAUAUUCGUACUAUGCUCCUGACGAUCCCAAAUUGAAGUCUGCCGAUACGAAGCCUAUGCUUAUUCUUCUUCAUGGGUUAACAGGGGGCUCUAGAGAAAGCUAUGUAAGGGCUAUUGUUCAUGAAAUCACCACAAAAUAUGACUUCGAAGCAUGCGUGUUCAAUGCCAGAGGAUGUUGUUUCUCUGCGAUUACAACACCCCUAUUAUACAAUGGUGGUUGGACUAAUGAUAUUAGGUACUGUAUUAACGAUUUAAGGAAAAGAUUUCCUAAUAGGAAAUUUUAUAUGAUGGGAUUUUCCUUAGGAGCAUCUAUAAUGACGAAUUACUUAGGAGAAGAGUCAGAUCGUACCAAGAUCGAAUGCGCUAUUUCCAUGAGUAAUCCAUUCGAUUUGUUCCACUCUUCGUAUUUCAUUAAUAAUACGCCAAUGGGUUCACAUUUCUACUCGCCUGCAUUGGGCCAAAACUUGCUACGUAUGGUUCGAAACCAUAUUUCUGUCUUAGAAGAAAAUCCCAAUUUCAAAACUGUUCUUGAGCAAAAUUUGGAUAAAAUCCGCACGGUUAAGCAAUUCGACAAUUUGUUGACGGGACCAAUGUUUGGAUAUAAGAAUGCAGAAGAGUAUUAUAGAAAUGCUUCGUCAUAUAAGAGAAUACCGGGAAUUAGAACUCCAUUCGUAGCUGUGCAUGCUAUGGAUGACCCAAUUGUCGGUAGUGAUAAUCUUCCCAUUGGCCCAGUGAAAUCCAAUCCUUACACUCUGCUAAUAGAGACUUCAACUGGAGGCCACGUUGGAUGGUUCAAAGAUAGUUCCGGCAAAAGGUGGUAUACAGAGCCUGUAUGCAAGUUCUUAAAGGCAUUCCAUGAUGAAAUUACAGUAAAGGGGUUGAAACCUGACUUAGAUAAAGCGAAACUGCCAAAUCCUAAAUGUGAGCCUAUAGCCACAACUUUCUCCUCAAAAGCAGUUCAGUAA